CGAGCCGCGGCUCCUCGCGCGGCCGGAAGCGGCUCCCGCCCGCGGUGUACUUCCGCUGGAGUGGAAGUCGGCGGGCGCGGAGCCCUUCCGGGGACCGCCGGAGCCGGCCUGGCCUCCGCUCCCGCGCGCCUGUCCCACCUGCGCUGAAGUCGCCCGAGUCCCGGAGCCCCAGCGUCCUUCCGAUGCGCCCGCCUCCGGCUUCCCGGGAGGCCCGGCCGUCCUGCCGACGGGGCCGAGCUGCAGCCGCGCUCCGCCAGACCGCUCCGACAGUCCUGGACCCAGCUGUGUGUCAGGUGCCAGUGACCUUCAGAGAUGUGGCUGUAUACUUCUGCAGGGAAGAAUGGGAGUGUCUCAGCCCAAGCCAGAGGGUUCUGUACCGCAGUGUGAUGCUGGACAACUUCAGGAGCUUGACUGAGCUGGGAUACUGUGGCCCUAGACCAGACCUUGUUUCUCGCCUGGAACAGUGGGAUGAGCCAUGGGUUGAAGACUGGAACAGACGUGAGUUUCGGGAAGCUCAGAAGAGUAUCUACCCAGGAGGCAGGAAGCCCACUGACCAGAAGAGACACUGUGAUCAGCUGACCUCAGCCCAGGAGAGAGCCCGUCCGAAGCAGACUGGAGCCAAAAGAGGAGCUGCCUUCAGGAAGAGUGUCCUCCUUCCCAGAGCUACCUCUGGGAGGAAAGUGGACAAGCCUACAGCUUUGCAGGGCCAAGUGUGUGCGAAGUCCUACAGGAAGCAGCCGGGCCUCAGGGAGCAGUGCAGGAGUGGGGCGGAGGGGCAGCCAUUCAUUUGUGGUACAUGUGGGAAAGCUCUGAGCUGCCAUAGCCGGCUGGCUGCUCACCAGACAGUGCACACGGGGGCCAGGUCCUUCGAGUGCUUUGAGUGCGGCCGAACCUUCCGCUGGGUGUCUAACCUCCUGCGCCACCAGAGAAAUCACACGAGUGAAAAACCCUUCUGCUGCGAGAUAUGUGGCCAGGCCUUCAGCUUGAAGGACCGCCUGGCACAGCAUCGCAAAAUCCACACGGAGCACAGACCUUAUGCAUGCGGUGAUUGUGGGAAGGCCUUCAAACAGAAGUCAAACCUCCUCCGGCACCGUCUGGUGCACACUGGGGAGAGGCCUUUCUAUUGUGAUGACUGUGGCAAGACCUUCCGGACCAAGGAGAACCUCAGUCACCACCAGCGGAUUCACAGCGGAGAGAAGCCCUAUACCUGUGCCGAGUGCGGCAAAGCCUUCAGGUGGCCCAAGGGCUUCAGCAUCCACCAGAGGCUGCACCUGACAAGGCGGUUCUACGAGUGUGAGCACUGUGGGAAGGGUUUUCGCCACCUGGGUUUUUUCACACGGCACCAGAGGACUCACAGACGAGGCGAGGUAUAGGGGUGCCUGAGUACACCGCACCUGGCCAUGGUGGCCUGGGGAGCUGCUGCUGCAGUUGCUCUCUAGCCUAGGAGUGUGUGGUCCUUGAAUCAGCUACCUGGCACUCCCAGGGCUGAGAGGGUCUACCAGGAAUGGACACGGGGAAAAGAAGCCUGAAGCAGCCCCAGCUCUGCUGCUCCUUUGGAGUUCUGUGCCUCUGGCUGUGUCCACUGAGGAACCUGUCCCUGUGCUGACUGUCCCUUGUGUGCACUUUAACGUCUCUUGAAUCUCCCUCACCUAUGCUUUUUGUUCUGCUUCCUGUCGUCUUGUUGAUAGCUUUGAUGCUUGUGCAGAAGGAAAGCCUCUGGGGGCCUGUGAGAUAGCUCAGGGUACAGGCACCUACUGCCAAGCCUGAUGACCUGAGUUUAAUCCCCAGGACCACAUACCGCAAACUAUCCUCUGACAUCCUAUACUCUUGGGGUGUGGGACGGGAUUUGGGGGUGUGGGUGCUCGUGCGCGCGCGCGCGCACACACACACACACACACACACACACACACGUAAAAUUUAAAGAAGCCUCUGUAGCCAUCAGGAGAUGGCCAUAGAAAUGAGCAGCCUUGUGGUAGUGCAGGCCCAUUAAGGGCUGAGAAAGCUGGAUUCACUGCUGGGGGCCCUGGGGCAUGUGGGCAAGCAGCCACAGAUUGCACGGGACACGUGGGGGUGCUGAGUUUGUUCAGCACCCCAUGACACUGUCUGUAGUGGUUUCUUCAACUAAAGACGUUGAGUGGCGAUUGCAUUUUGCUUCCAUUUAUUAAGGUUCAUUAAAGUAUAACCA